GGGCACAGCUCUUAUUGUCGGAGGCCGUUUCCAUAGCAACAGUUGUUACUAGACUGUAGCAGCAUUGUCAGUAACAGGUGACCCGUUUGUGCGUUUAAAAUGGCUUUAAAGGUUUACUAACUUUAGACUGCAGGCAGUGUGCACUGUAGGGUACCUACUGAGAAAUAAUUAGACGAAUAUCUGCAGAGAAAUGAUGGCUGGUCAAGGCGGUUUGGAGAAGCUGAGUGUCGGCGUGUUGAGCGCUGAACAGCAGGAGAAGCUGCGGCUGUUUAAGAUCAAGACGAGAAUCGAAAACGAGAAGUAUUUGAGGUCCCAUUCAGAGGUAGAGGUAUUGAUAGGCGACUUUGUGAGAGACGUGCUCCUUAAAAGGCCUGCUGACAUCUGUGAGUUUGCUGCAGAGCACUUCACUAACCCAAACCUUCACAUGGUUAUUGGCUCCAAGAUGGAAGGAAACAGUGAGAUGGAGUAAAACACACCCAACAGUCAUGACGCUUCUCCUUUGUGUCUUUCUUUGUACAGGACCCCAGCUAAUGGGGAGAAUGCUAAUGACUAAUCCUAAUGCAUAGAAUAGGAUGUUCUGUGGGUGUUAUGUAUAGUUCACCAUGCUGUUUGUCACAUCACCAGCAUGAUUUGUUUACUGCUUGCAAACCUUAAAUCUACACUGUGGGUCCAGUUCUUGAGUGGACACACAAUAGCUUGUACUGAUGGACUAAACUACAUAGAUCAGUCAAUAUAUCAUAUUUAGUUCACUUUAUUUUAUGAUGAAGCAGCAAACAGUUUUAUUCACGGUCCAAUUGUGUCUCAAAUUCUGUCCUGGUGUUUUCUCUUUUUCCUUUUUAUGUACACAUUUGGGAAAUUGGAAAUUUGAAAUUUGUGUGUGAUGAAUUAUAUAUCUGGGUAUAUUUCUAGAAGUGAAAAUGUCAUAAUGUCAUGUUUACUUACUUUAAAUGUGAGGUUGUCCCAUUGAACUCCAUUUUUAAUCCCCAGUAUUGAAGGGCUGAUUUAUGUUUGCCAUCUUUGUCCAUGAAGAGCAUGAAUAGAGCUUUGUAUUGUGUGUUUAUCUUCCUAUGUGUUUUUUUUUUUACUAAUUAUAUUUGCACAUUGCAGCUCUAUGUUUGUGGUUUAUGGAUGUCAUCAGCACACCCAUCUUUUCCAGCUCUAGUGUAUU